CACCCCAAUCGAAACCACCGACCCGCUCCUCCAAUUCUAGUAAUCCAUGGGGCCAUCAAGCAAAGUCUUUACCUCUGUUCUGGUGUUUGUCCUCUCAUUCCAGCUUUCCAUGUGCUGCACCUUCACCAUAUAUAACAACUGUCCACAUACGAUCUGGCCCGGGACGCUGGCCGGGGCGGGGACACCACAGCUGUCGACGACCGGGUUCCAGCUCGAACCGGGACGGAGCGUGCGGAUGGCGGCUCCGCCUGGGUGGUCGGGCCGGAUGUGGGCCCGGACCGGGUGCGAGUUCGACGCGCAGGGGGCGGGCACGUGCCAGACGGGUGACUGUGGGGGCCGCAUGGAGUGCGGUGGGGCCGGGGCUCUCCCUCCCGCGACGCUCUUUGAGAUCACCCUCGGUAAGGGUAAAGACCCGGACUACUACGACGUCAGCCUCGUCGACGGCUACAAUCUUCCCGUCGCCGCCGCGCCCCGGGUGCCUCGCGGGAGGUGUAACGCAACCGGAUGCGCAGCGGAUCUCAACCGCGCUUGCCCGAAAGAGCUUCAAGUAGACGGGGAUGGUGGAGUGGUGGCGUGCAAGAGUGCUUGCGAAGCCUUUGGGCUGGAUGAGUACUGCUGCAGUGGGGAGUUUGGCAGCCCAGGGACCUGCAAGCCCUCUUUCUACUCGAGCAUCUUCAAGAAUGCCUGCCCAAGGGCUUACAGCUAUGCAUUCGACGAUGGAACCAGCACCUUCACUUGCAAGGCUUACGAUUACACCAUCAUCUUCUGCCCCGUCAACGGGACGAAGAGGUCAGGUGGUUUUUCUACAGGCCAAGCAAUAAACGGACAUGGAGAUGAAAGUGACCCUCUGGCGAUGGCCUCAUCUGCGACCGUGGUAUCAUUUCACCCAAGCUUCCUUCUCCUGUCCGUUGUCUUUUUCCAGGCAGCUCUGAAUGAUCUGAUUACCUCAGCUUUCAUGAACAAAGUUGGGGCUCAGUGACAGGCUGCCCUAAGAAUUACAAGCUCGUUUAAAGAAAUUAGGGCUGUACAACCAGCUUUACGCUAUAGGAAUCCAGGAGACAGAUCUCGAGCAACAAAGAAUAUGGAACUGAAAAGCUGAAGAGCACCUGUGAUACACUUCAGAAAGAAAAAAGAGCUAGAAAUUGAUUGCAGACACUCUCUAACUGGAGGUCAUCCUAUUAAUUCCUUGCAAUUUCAUACUUACCAUAAACCUUGUACAACACUAUUUGAAAGCAAAGGAGAAAAUGAGAAGGAUGCUAGAAGCUGGAGGUACUAAUAUAGAGUUGUUUAAUAAUCGUCAUUAGGGUAAAAGUCAAUAAGAAAGAACAGCACACAAAUGACAUGAUGGAUAUUGUUUCGCUCCCACAAAAAAAAAAAAAAGAA